AUGGCCCUGAAACGCAUCAAGAAGGAGCUGGACGACCUGAAACGCGACCCGCCGGCUCAGUGCUCCGCCGGUCCCGUCGGCGAUGAUCUCUACAACUGGCAGGCGACCAUCUCCGGGCCGUCAGAGUCGCCCUACCAGGGCGGCGUCUUCUUUCUGGUCAUCACCUUUCCCACUGACUACCCAUUCAAGCCGCCUCGAGUGCGCUUCACCACCAAGAUCUACCAUCCCAACAUCAGCAGCAAUGGCAGCAUCUGCCUGGACAUUCUCAAGCACCAGUGGAGCCCGGCGCUGACCAUCAGCAAGGUCCUGCUGAGCAUCUGCUCGCUGCUGUGCGACCCAAACCCGGACGACCCGCUGGUGCCCGACUCGGCCCGAAUGUACAAGGCCGACCGCACCAAGUACAAUGAGAUUGCUCGCGACUGGACUCGCAAGCACGCAAUGUAG